CUCCGGGUCCCUCCCAUCCUCCCUGCCUGCAGUCUCUCUGUCUCUCCGACGGAAAACAACAUUCCUAGCAUCCCAUCAGCUGGGUCUCAGCUUUGGUUUCUAUCGAAAACUGAACCGCUGCAGCUCAGUUCGUACAAGAUGUACCACUCUGACCACGGCGUAGACUUCCCCGACCUCUGCUUCCAGAUCCCCGGUUGCCCUGCACAGCUGGGCCCCGCUGAGUGAAAACAUCUGCAAACAAGCAGUUCUUCAGGCUUGGUCUGCUGCUAUACCUCUAGCUUCAUCUCCCUUAGACCAUGGACAGCCCUCCUAAAGUUUCUGGCGAGACCCUGAUCGUGCAUCACAUUCCUCUGGUGCACUGUCAGGUUUCAGGGGGGCGGCAAGGGGGCUGCGGGGGCUCAUUGAAGAGGAACAACCCGUUCAGCCCACCCGAGACCCUGGGACUGAGCCGCACCACCUCACUUCCUGAGAGGGACGUCCUACAGAAGGAGGCUCUGCUCUACAGCAGCCUGAUCCAGACCACCAGUGGCUCCUUGUCCUCCCACGGCGGACGGAGGGAAAAGACAGGUGGAGGGAGGGGGGGAAGCACGGCAAGCGAUGAUUCGUCAUUUACCUCAAGUAACUCAGAAGACCAGCUGAUUACAGCUCACACGUUACCCAGGGUAAAACCAAGGAACAGAAAUCCUCUGCGUCGUAAUCCGUUCCUGCUGAACACCGACGAGGAUGAGGAAGAUGAAGAAGAUAGUGACAACCUCCAUGGUUACCUAGAGGACACCUUUCACCUCCACAGUGAGACAAACUCCACGUUGGAUGACGCGCUGGCGUCCUUUCACCUGCAUGACCUGGGAUUUGCGUCUGAGCCGUUCCUGCUGCACAGCUCAGGCGCAGGAAGCAGUCGGGAGUCUCUGAGAGGAGCAGCCUCGGACCUCUCCAACCAUCUGGAGGACCUGGACAUCCUGGGACUGGACAGAGAGCGCAGACACGGGAGCAGCGGCUCCAACAUGUCCAUGGACUGCGGAGAGCAUGACUGGGUUGAUGACGAAGAGGAAGAGGAUGAUGAUCAUCCAAUGAGAUGUGGCCAAAGCAGCAAGGCGGGUUCUUACUCGUCCGGCUCGUCCAAUCAGCACUGCUCCUGCUGUGCUCUCUCCCAGAACUUCCCACAGCAGUUCCCAGAAACCUUCUCUGAGACGUUCUCAGAGUUCCAGCAGGGUUACGGCAGCGACUCGUCCUGCAACAGCUCUGAGGGCAUCCUCGUCAACUUCAGUGCCAUUUACAACAAGAUGAACAACAGCAUCCCGGAGAAGCAGCUGCAGUCCGGGCCCGCCAAUGUCAACAGCUCCACCGACCACUCCUGCACCUCGUCUGUGUCCGACCUACAAGGAAACCAAACGGAUCCAUCUGGAGGGGCCUUCUACCUGGACCUUCACACCUCCCCGACUGAGCCUCCUUUAACCCAUCAACAAACGUCAUGCUUCUCCAACACUUUCCCACUCAUCCGAGAGCCACACCUCUCCACCUCCUCCACCUGCUCUUGCUCCAUGGAGCACCAGGGGCCACUGGACCUCGACGCCAACUGCAACUCUUUCCAUCCUCCUCAUGCGGAGUCCUCUGGCGAUCUCGCUGCCUGUCUGCAGAGUCAGGCCCGACUUGUGGUGGCCACCCAGAACUACUACAAGCUGGUUACCUGUGACCUUUCAUCCCAGUCGUCCCCGAGUCCAGCGGGUUCCUCUGUCAAUAGCUGCUCCUCGGAGCACAGCAAAGGCAGCCCCACCCCGACUCAGCCCAGCGAGUACUUCUUAUUCAGGCAGCGGGGCGAGGAGGCGGGAUUGGAGGAGGAGGACGAAGAUGGAGAAUCAUCGCAACGAGAUGAAGAUGAGGUUAAUGACAAUGAAGACAAGAAGAAGAAGAAGAAGAAGAAGAAGAAAAAGAGCGAUCAGCAGGAUGCCGCAGAGACUGAAGCUGCCCCUGCCACCAUUAAAGGCCAGGUCUACAUCAACGUUUCUCCUCCUAUAUCUCAGCGGAGCGUCGUCGGCGAGGGAGCCGCCUCAGGGUGUCGCCCGCGGUCCCGCAGCUACGACCGCAACCUGGACAGGUGUCCCUCUCCACGGCUCGGCUCCAUGGAACGUAUGCUGAGCUGCCCCGUCCGGCUGAGCGACAGCGCCGCACAGGCUACCACCCCCCCUCCACCUCCUCCCCCACGCGUCACCUCCUUCGCAGAGAUCGCCAGGAGCAAACGCAGACACGGCGGCGCAGGGGGAUCGCCAUCAACCAAGGCAGCGGCAGACCCUUUCUCCUCCACUUACUCCACCCACUCGCACUCAUCUGUGGAUUUCUCUCCGAUCCCGGAGCAGUGCGUGGAGUCUGUGAGCUCACUGCAGUCACCUGUGCGUUUCACCAGGUGUUACAGUCAAGGCAGCAUUGAGAAACAGCUGGGAGGCGCAAAGGAGAGCCAGACCAAGACAGAAGGUGUUCUGUCGAGCUCCUCAGAAAGCCCACCGGUGGUGGUCCGUUACAGUAAAGACCAGCGGCCCACCACCCUCCCCAUCCAGCCCUUCACCUUCCACCACCAGUUCACGUCUAAACCCCCUCAGCCCAAGCCUCUGCUGCCGCUCCUCACUGGCUACGUCUCUGGAAUGCAGGCUCGCACAAGUUCGGGCUCAGGUUCCGGUUCUGGAGGUCCAGUUGAUGAGGAAAGUGAAGAAUCCGCUGAGAAAGGGCCCGGCUACCAGAGUUCUCGCAGCGCCAAGGCUCCUCCGACCGAAUCAGUGCGGCCUUCGCCUCUAGGGAGCUACUCCCCAGUUCGUCUCCAGGGGGCGCCCAGCUCCGGCUCUUGUUCCACCUGCACCCCCAGUCCCAAACCGACACACAGCCUCUCCUGUCCGCUUUCAGGAGGUCUCGGCUCACUGCACACUCCGCCUACUGUUAGACAGGGAAGCGGAUCAGCGCCAUUACCUCCCACUCCUCCCCCAUCCUUAGGGGUGAAGAGGGGCGUGGUGCCGCCUACGCUGCCUGCUGUGCAGGGACAGUGUUUCCACCAUGGAGCCCUCCAUAACGUACCAGCUCUUCACAGCGACACUCUAAGCCCACUGGGCUGCCUGGACUCUGGAAAACAUGCAGAUAAAGGCAAAGGACCUGCAAGCAGAACUCAGAAUGCACACCACCUGUCCCCCCAGGCUCUAAAAUGGAGGGAGUACCGUCGCCGAAACCCCCUGGGAGUAGAAAGGGACUCUGGGGGCCGCUCUGCUAGUAACGUGGAGCUCAGAAGAACAGGGGCAACGCGGCCUACGCGACGCAACGUGUUCGAUUUCCCGACAGUUCACUCCGGCCCCUCGCUGGGAUGGCCCCAUGCAGGUCCAUCAGCUAAGCUGCAGCAGAGCUACAGCGACUUCCUGCCGAAUUACUUCUCCCUGACAGAGAAGCCGCCAGAGGAGUUUUGCCUGUCGCCUGAUGCCUCCACUUCCUCCUCCACCUGCUGCUCCGCUCAACCUCACAUCUCGGUGGACCUGACGCAGAAAAGAGGUUUGGUGAAAGCCGUGAACACGGCAGUGGAUCUGAUUGUGGCACAUUUCGGUACCAGCAGAGACCCUGAUGUGAAGGCCAAGCUUGGGAACAGCUGGGUCAGUCCCAACGUGGGGCACCUGAUCCUGAAGUAUCUCUGCCCGGCGCUUCGCAACCUGCUGCAGGACGGUCUGAAGGCCUACGUGCUGGACUUGAUCAUCGGACAGCGCCGCUGUCAGCCCUGGAGCAUAGUGGAGGCAUCCACCCAGCUGGGACCGUCCACUCGCGUUCUCCACAGCCUCUUCUCCAAGGUGAGCCAGUUCUCAGAACUGACGAGUCACAGCAUGAGGCUCAACGCAUUCAUCUUCGGCCUGCUCAACAUGAAAUCUCUGGAGUUCUGGUUUAAUCACCUUAACACACAUGAAGAUAUCAUAGCAGCACACUACAGCCCGUGGGGUUUCCUCCCCCUCUCACACGGGGCGUGCAAGCCUCUGUUUGAGGAGCUCCUUCUACUCCUACAGCCGCUCUCGCUCCUCCCGUUUGACCUCGACCUCCUGUUUGAGCAGCACCUUCUCCAGAAGGGCCAAGAGCAGAUGCGGCGCAAGGAACAGCUGUGCUCGGCGGGGCAGUCGAGCCGCUCCACCUUCCAGCUCAUGAGGGGAUGGAGCGCCACCGUCAGCGAGAUGGUCAGAGACACGGGCACGGAGGAGAAGAACGAGAGGCCGGGGCUAAGGCGCGAGGGAACAUGGCCUGGAAUGGAGCGGACGGAGUGUAGGAGAGAGGGUGUGGGCAUGGCUAAUGUCUGGAAGGAGAGGCCGGACAAAGGGCAGAGGGUGAAAGGUGUAGGACAGGAGGGAGGGGAGGUAAAGGAGCGGGACAGGAGGAAGGAUCCAGAGGAGGAGAGCCGUCAGCGGGGAGACAAGCAGGCUGGCUGGUGGUACCAGCUGAUGCAGUCCUCCCAGGUUUACAUCGACCAGUCCACAGAGGGUUCAAAGUUUGUGAAGGCUGAGAGAAGGAAGAAAUCCUCAGAGAGACGGCAGAACCAGCCGCCACCCCCAAGAGAAGGAGUGGUGGAAGGUGCCGAGUCCAACUCUGAAGGGGAAAGAGGGACAAGUGGCAGCAGUUCCAGCAGGGAGUCGGCUGGAUCCAGAGGAAGGCCUUCCUGGAUGGGCAGCCCCCCAGAAUCUGUCCUCAACCAAGAAAAACACACAGAAGUCUUGGAGGGAGCUGCAGUCCGGUCAUCAUCCCAGGAUGAGAGCCCCUCUCAGGGGCAGAGUCUGCGCUGGGGACGGCUCUUUGGUUCCACUGCUGGUUCUCCUCAAAGACCUGAGGCAGCAGAACUAAGAGCAAAAACCCAAAAAACAAGGCCUCCCUCAGGUUGGCUUGCUUUCGACAGAUCUCUUCUGGACCUGGUAGCUGUCAUUGGAGCAGGUGGCGGGAAGAAGGCGGAGCCUCCUGUUACCCCCAAUCACCGGCAAACCACAGCGACACUGCCAUCCAGGGGUGCAACUGAAACUAAGCAAUCGUCUUCAUGUGAAGUGCGAGCGUUGUGCCACCACAUCGCCACCGAGCCCGGCCAGCUGAGCUUCAACAAGGGCGACGUCCUGCAGGUUCUGAGGAAGGCCGACCCGGACUGGCUGCUCUGCUCCCUGGGCUCCACCCAGGGUCUGGUUCCCAUCAUUUAUGUGACCCUGAGCAGCAUGGGGGACAGCCACAGUGAAACCGCACUCAGACAGCUCUGAUCAAACUCUCUUAGUGAAAGGAAACAACCCUUCGCAGAACAAGGGUUUCCGGGCCGCCAUUUUUAGCUGUACAGUGACUGAAAACACUAACAUAUGAAGAAGAUGCACAGACGUGUAAGAUCCACCUACAAACGCAAUGUCAACCUAACAUCCAGAAAAGAGAGCAUGCUAACAUCCAAGCAAACCAAAAGAGAAGACAUGACACGAACCCAAAGCCUCUCCAAGAACCACAUCCUCUCAUCAUGGAGCUGUCCUGAAAGCUUAGCAGUGCUACCAUUCAGCCUAAAUAUUUAUCAUCUGGGCGCAGUGUGAAGGAAUCCUCACCAGUAGACUAAACACCCCACCUGGCUGCUCUUUGCUGUGCUGCUUAAAUGUCCGCCACAGAAAUGAAGCCUCAGAUUAUCUGUUUUUCUAUUUAUUCCCAUGAAAGGCAUUAAUUAAGAUAGAAAAAUAGGAAUUAACUCUGUAAUCCAUUUGUUGUCCAACUGCAGAAGUGCAAUCAUCAGUUUUUUUUUUUUCUUCACAAACAUCGCUAAAAAAAAUCUAACAUGCAGGCCCCUCCCUCUCUGCUGUGCUGCAGGCUAAGCCCCCGAAGAGAUGGAGCUCUAGUUGUAGCAAUCCUGUUUUUUUUUUUUUUUUGUCAGAUUUUAUUUUAUUUCCGCUCAUAAAACUUUAUGUUGUUUUAAUUCAAAGUUGUAGUUUAGGCAGAAAAGAUUAGAGCUAUAUUCAAAAAAAGCUUCUGGUUUCCGCUUUAAAAAAAACAAAGAAUAGAAUCUAGCUUCCCACUGCAGUGAUCCUGCUUCACCGGAUCUGCUUCACAUUAAUCUUUAAGCCAAGGCCUGGCGGUUUGGGGACUACAGAAUAAAGCAAUUAAGUUAAAUGUUUAUUUCAUCUGCCAGUACAUACUGUAAAUCCAUUUAUGCACUAAUACAUGUGAUUUGUACUUAUUUAUUCAGCUAGUUAAGCAUCAGUUUAAAAGGAAAAGCAUCAGAGAAGCUUUUAAAGUUUUUUUUUAUUUGUUCUUACUUCACAUUUAAAGGGGAAAACAUGACAUCUCUGUCUUAAAGUGCUCACGAUGGGGAAAAAUAAGACGACGGUCCACUUUUUAUUUAACCCGACAUAUUUUAUAUAUGCUCCUUCUGCUUUGACACGUCCCCUCACUCCUGUCGUCACAGAAAGGUUUGAGGAGAAAUCAAAUGGGAAUAUUUAAAGGGAAGCCUCAGUGGCCUAGAGUGCUAAGUACCUAUAAGCUACCCACCUUCCACUGAAAUAACGGUUCAAAUAAAAUAUAUGAUGGAAAAACGACCCCAAUAUAAACGCAUUAAAGGUGGCAACAUUAAUGUAAAUGUAAUAAAUUAAUCUCUGCUUGCACUUUUUUUUCCAUUUAUCACUGACAAAUCGUUUUUGUCUCAUUGUAUAGUUUUUAUUUCUCAUUUAUUUGAAUUGUAAAUAUAUUUAACUUCCAACUGUGAGUUACUGGGUUUAUUUUUGCCGUAGAGCUCUACAGUACGUAUGUAUGAAUAUUAUUGAUUAAUCAGUGCAUUUCUUAUUUGAUACAGGAAGUAUAAGCUUUAGAUUUAAUGCUAACACCCUGCUGACUCUAAUCCACGUUCUCUUGGAGGAUGGAUGGUUUGUUUAUGUUGUUUAAGAAGCAGGAAGGCUCAGGGGUGAUUUGUUUGAGAAUGAUUGUUGCUCUUUUGUCCCGCUGGCUGCCUGUAAAUACCUUCAGCAUCAGUGACACCGCUCUUCUGUCCGUGUCCAGACUAUACAAUGUAUGACGUUAUCAAACUACUAUGGAUGUUAAAUAACAAAGUGCUCAUGUGAUC